CUUAUCACUUGAAAUUGAAUGUUGAAAAAAUUAAAAUUAUUCCAAAAUAAUUUGGUUUCGCGAAGGUUGUGUGUAUUUUGACGCUUCAAAUUCAAUCUUUUAAGAUAAACUACGAACAAUUUCAAGUCAAGUUGAUCAAAGUUCAAAGUCUAUUUAUCAGAUUUUAAUUGAAAAAAAAAUUUUUGCCGGCAUUAAUCAAGAUAAAUCACUAAAAUGCUUCCAAUCAUUCGCAAUUGUGCCAGUAGAGCUCUCUAUCAAAAAGUGUCUUCUGUCCCGGUGAGGUAUCUUAACCUCUUGGAAUAUCAGAGCAAAGAUCUGCUUCAAAAAUACGCGGUAUCAGUUCAGGAGUUCAAAGUUCUCGAUGAGAAAAUUGACAGUGCUGUUUUGAAGGAGUUCGAAUGCCCAGAAUAUGUCGUAAAGGCACAAAUCUUAGCUGGAGGAAGAGGCAAGGGUCAUUUUGACAAUGGAUUUAAGGGAGGAGUUCACAUUACAAAGAAAAAAGAUGAAGUUCUUGAUUUGACCAAGAAAAUGAUUGGACAUCGACUGAUUACAAAACAAACACCAAAAGAUGGCAUUCAAGUCAAUAAAGUAAUGGUUGCCCGUAGUGUGAACAUAAUUCGCGAAACAUACAUCUGUAUUCUCAUGGACCGGGAACACAAUGGUCCAGUGCUUAUAGCUUCUCCAGCUGGCGGUGUUGAUAUAGAAGCAGUUGCCGAACAAACCCCCGAAAAAAUACUCACAAUCCCCAUUUCCAUCGAUAAGGGUCUAACACGAGAACAAAGUCUGAAGAUCGCCGAAUUCCUGGAAUUCAAAGGCCAGCUCGUCGAAAAGUGUGUGAAGGAAGUUGAAAAACUCUGGGAUCUCUUUAAGAAUGUUGAUGCCGUACAAAUUGAAAUCAAUCCGCUGGCAGAGACAGAUGCCGGCGAGGUGAUCUCAGUGGAUGCCAAGUUGAACUUUGACGAUAACGCCCAAUUCAGACAAAAAGAAAUCUUCGAAAUGGAAGACACCAGUGAGUCUGAUCCUCGAGAAGUCGAGGCCGCUGCACAUAAUCUAAACUAUGUUGCCAUGGACGGUAAUAUUGGUUGUUUGGUAAAUGGCGCUGGUCUGGCCAUGGCAACAAUGGACAUCAUCAAACUUAAUGGCGGUAGUCCAGCGAAUUUCCUCGAUGUUGGUGGUGGCGUUAAGGAAAACCAAGUACUUCAAGCUUUUCGCAUUCUCUCCUCGGACCCGAAUGUCAAAGCUAUCAUGGUGAAUGUUUUUGGUGGCAUUGUUAACUGUGCCACCAUUGCCAAUGGUAUUGUCGCUGCAUCUAAGGCACUUGAUUUGAAUGUGCCACUUGUGGUUCGUCUCGAAGGAACAAAUGUUGACGAAGCUCGGAAUAUUCUAAAGAACUCAGGUCUUCCUAUCAAAACAGCAACGGAUUUAGAUGAUGCAGCACAAAAAGCAGUUCAAGCAUUGAGUUAGAUUUAAUAUUAAGUUUUGUGUGUUUAAAAUUGUUAAUUUUUUUACUUCUUUUGAUUAUUUUUGUACACUUACAUUUGCUUUUUUAACAAUUUUCUUAUUUCUGGUACCAACAGGAAUUUAAGUUCAAUGAAGUUAAGUUAAAUUUGUAACUGUUUGAAAACCCCUAAAGAUUAAAAUAUACGUAUUGUUAAAAAUG